AUGCCCGCAGAAAGCAAGGACUGGGUAAUCCGCAUCCCCCGGUCCGACAGCGACAAUGAAUUCGUACUCGUAUACAUAGCUCCGGGCAAAGCAGCCCUGGACCUGAAGUUCAUCGCAACCGAAGGCGAGAAUCCAUAUGUAGGGUCAUUACGACCAUCGCGUCUCAAGGAUAUCCGCGCAAAGAACUUUCGAGGCACCGAUACGGAGCUUGAGCAGAUACUGAAAUCUGUGCUGAGAGUCCGAAAUGAUGUAUCAUCUCAAAUAGCGGCAAAUCCGGAUUCUGAAAUUGAGGCUACGGCUACAAUCAAGGCCAAGGACGAUGUGAAUGAUUUGGUGAUUAACAUCCGGAAAAGAAUUGAUAACAUCACCCAACGCGUUGCAACUAUAACCCUAUCCCAAAACGACGACCAAACCAUCGAACUCUUCGAAUGGAUGGGCCUCAUGCUAUCACGCACAGACGCCUACGAGCAUCAAAUCUCAACACUAACCAAGCAACUACAAGCAGCCGAAAAAUCAAUCAGGGAUUUGCAAACUAGUCUUGAUGAUUUGGUGCAGUCCAAAAAGGAGCAUGAGGAUAUGCUGCUAGGAGGUUUAGCGCAGGUUUUGAAUGAGAAGAAGCUCAAGAUUAGGAAUCAGCAGAGGCUUUUGGCGAGUGUGAACGUUGAUUCUGAGAAAGGGCGCGGAUUAGAGUCAACCAUCGACCGGGAGGAAGAAGCCCCCAAAAUCCGACGGAACAAACGAAAAGCCCCUGCCCAUCAGCAAGAACCAUCAGAUUCAAACGAUGAAUUCGAAAAGAUGGACAUCGAUAAGCCCAAGCCCUCGAGAAGGGAAGCCGCUGCCCAAGUAGAAGAAGAUGAGGAGGAAGACGGAGAUGAGAGAUCCGAAACGCCUCAACCGCUAGAAGAAGAGACCGAAUCCGAGGCUGAGGAGGAGAGGAUGAACUCUCCCCCGGAAGAGGAAGCGCAAUCGCAGAAAUCGAACCGUCCGAAUUUGACCAAGGCAGCUGAUCCGCCACCUCCUCCGAGGAGAGACUUGCCAUUCUUGCGCAGGGGUAAAGGUGCUGAUACCUCUGGAAAGGAGGCGGAGAUUGUGCCUGAGCGAGAUGAAGCGGGUGAAGCUACCGGAGGAGAAACGGAUGAUGAUGAACUGUGA